UUUUCCAACAGCACGUGACAUGGUUGAGGGGGAGUGUGCAGCUCAGACGGCCAUGUAAACAAGGAAAAGACUUGCGGACCGAGGAACGUAGAUUUCAUCGCGGACACAAAAGACACUCAGUAUUAAAUGAUACCUCUUCAUUAAGCGUGGCCAGUAGCCAUGGGCUUUCCUGUCACCAUCAAAGUCAAUUUCAGGGGCAAUGUUAGGAAGUUUCCCGUUGCGGACUCGGAGAAAGCACAGUGGGAAUCUGUGGAGGCCUGGAUUAAAACGACCAUUGGCUUAUGCCACUUUCAAGUAAAGUAUUUUGAUGAAGACAAUGAGGAGGUUUCUAUCAACAUUCAAGAGGAAUAUGUGGAAGCACUAAAGAGUGGUCUGAAGCAGGGGAACCAGCUCCACAUGAAUGUUUACAAGAUGAAGGGGCAGGUAGAAGGUGGGGUCAUGAAGGUAGAGGUGAAGGAGCUCAAGCUUGAGAACCGGCCAGCUCCCCCAUACCCCUCAAGACUAAAGACGGUCGACAAGGAGACACAGGUCACCCCCGAGCGGGACUCGGUGGUAGUGAAGGAUAGCAAGGUCCCCAAAGUAGAGGACGAGGCUGUGCCAGCAUGGUUCAAAUCAUACAUGGACAAGUUCAAAGACCAGGUGGUGAAGGAGGUGGUGGAUAAGAUGUGUAGUGAGUUCUCCGGGCAGUGCUGCACCCACCGAGGCCCCGGGCAGCGGUCUGAGGAGCCCGGCACGUCUGCGACCCAGGGGCCCACUGUCAGCUCCACCACAGGGGUCCCCUUUGGCUCCAGCACCCCAACCUGCAGCAGCUGCAAGGGACCAGCCACGGGGGGAGGUUACCAGUGCAGUGUGUGCCCAUCUUGCAUUCUGUGUGAGCCUUGCAGUCAGGGCCAUGACCCCAGCCACAACCUCAAGAGGACGCGGACGCCCUUGUCAGUCCCAGAACGUGGGGUGACACCAGAGCCCAGGUUCCCACGGCGUGGCGACCGGACGGUGCGCAAGGCCGAGCGCCAGCGCCUGAAGGCCGAGCGCCAGCAGCUGAAGGCGGAGGUGAAGGAGAUCAAGAAGAAGCUGCGUCUGGAGAAGCGGGGACUGCUGUGGAGCGGAUCCACCAGCUCCAGCUCCAGACCGGCUCUGGUCCUGGCCCCCGUCCCCCCAGCCCUGGACCCAGCCCCUGCACCGGGUCCCUGUCCUGGUCCACAGGCCACCAGUCCAGAGGGUCCCAAGGUCUCCUGCUCCACCUUGGUGCCCACAAUGACUGCCUUGUUUCUGGAUGAGAACCUACCAGACGGCACUUGUCUGGAGCCAGGAACCAAGUUCAUCAAAUACUGGAAGAUGCACAACACAGGCAACAUCAGCUGGACCUCAGACACCAAGCUGAAGUUCAUGUGGGGAAACCUGGCCCCUGAGUCGCGGGAGCAGAGGGAGGUGGCGGUGCCCUUCCUGCAGCCGGGCCAGGUUGGCGUAGUGAACGUGGCGUUCGUAGCGCCCCUGCUGGAGGGCACCUACACCUCCCAUUGGCGCCUGGCGCACUGCGGCCAGCAGUUCGGCCCCCGCGUCUGGUGCAGUAUCAUCGUGGUGCCCGCGGGCGCCAGCACCGGUUGCCAGAUGGGUGCCCGACAUCAAAGCAAGAGGCCGAGAGACAACCUUGGUCAGGCGGAGAAGGAGCAUCUGUGCUGGCCCGCCACCAGGAGCUCCAAGGACACUGUGCCUGCAGGCUCCCAAAGACCCUACUACAUUCCCUCCGUGGACAUGCUGACAGCACAGGAUUUGCUGUCCUUUGAGUUGCUGGACAUCAACAUUGUGCAAGAGUUGGACAAAGUCCCAGCUAACACUCCUGUUGAUAUGACCCCCUGCAUGUCUCCCCUCCAUCACCGAGGCCCCCUGGUGGACAAACCUGGAAUGGAGCAGACCAAAGACAAACCUGAGCCCCCUGGUGACAAAAAACACACAGUGGUGCCACCGCCGAUGCACCCUGACCACUUGGACCUUCCCGGUCACGAGGAGGUGGAUGAGGACAUUAGUGGGACCCAGUUUGUGUGUGAGACUGUCAUCCGCUCCCUCACCCUGGAGGAGCCGGACCACAAGCCUCGGCGCAGGGCACGGCAGGGAAACGCCAAGCCUGCCGCUCCAGUCUCCUGUCUUGAGAGACCACUGCUGCUAAUGAGUGACAGAACACAGGGGCCAAUCAUCAAGCCAACUGUGGUCCCACCCCCUCUCCCCCAGCAGACCAUACUAGAUGAGCAAGUCAUCCUAGAGAGGUUUGUGGCUUUGGAGGAAAACCUCUACACCGACCCCAGUGAGACAGAGCAGGAGGAUGAGGAAGAGGAUGAGGAAGAACCGCCGAGGGAGAUGUGUGCGGAGCCGGAGCCAGAGGAAGAAGCCGAGGCCGGGACCGGCGACUGGGACGAGGUGAGCAGCCAGGUGUCGUCUACCUCCUCCGAGGAAUACACCCUCAUCCUGCCCGACUGCUUUGACACCUCGCGCCCAAUCGCGGGCUCCAUGUACAGCUCGGCCAUGUCCCAGCACGGGGGGGCCAUCUGUACCAGCGUAGCAGCAGAACCCCGGCCCGGUCAAGUUUCGGAACCGGAGCUGGACAGAGACCGCGUGGACGGGGACCCGGAGGGAAGACAGAGGGACGUGGGGAGACGGCAGGGCUCGUCCUCCAUCCACAGCAGUGUGACCCACAUGCUGUGCGCCUCCCAGACUCUAGACGCCCCGGCGCUCGUCCCAGAAGUGGUCCCGGCACCUGGGCCGCUGGCCCCACCUGUUCCCUUGCGGCUUGCACAGAGGCUGUUGCUACAGAAUGAGCCAGACCUGAUCCCAAGGACAGGAGAAAGAAACGAGAUCCAGCAAAGGCUUGAAUGCAGUUUCAAUGAACCCAGUCCCACACAUGAGCUGAGCCUUGGGGACCAAUCUGAGCCGCACAGCCCCCGAGAGAGCUGCUCUACGGACCUGAGGGUUCGGCACAGGGGCAUCACCGAGGGGCUGGUGAAGGGAGCUCUGUCAGUGGCUGCAUCUGCCUACAAGGCCCUCUUCACUGGGCAGAGCAGCUCCACACAGCGCACAGAGGUGUCAGAGGACCCAGCGUGUGAAGACGCCUCCAUGCAGGCAGUGCUGCAGGAGAUGGGCUUCUGUGACGUGGCUCUCAAUCAGAGGCUCCUCCAAAAGCACCGGCACAACCUGCUGGACGUGGUUAACGAGCUGGUGCAGCUCAACGACAACGAGUGGUACGCCUCGCGCCACUGAAAGGAUCGCCAUGGUUACCCACCGCAUGUGGUUACCUGACCCUGGGAACAUUCUGCUUCAGUCUUUUCCUUUCUUUUUUCUUUUUUUUACUUCUUUUUCUUCCUCCAAGAACAUCUGUGCAGAUGGGCUGGUUGUGUUGUGGGUUUGGCAUGCUAAGAAGUAUACUGGAAGAGGUUAAGGAUUUUAUGUAAAAGUGUGUUUACUGAAGAGUGAAUCAAGUUUCAUGUAAAAUGAACAGUCACAUGUUCAGCUUUUUGAUCAUAUAGUGGCAGACAAGGGCAGGGUGUGAGAUGAGUCUGAUCAGGAAGGCGCUCACACAUAAAGUUACUGUGGUUUAAAAACUAUAACGUGGGUAUCCAGAUAGUGACGGCAAAGAAAAUUGGAAAAAUAAACUAAUCCUCCCCCAAGGGUUUUGAGAGUGUCCAGGGCAGAGAAAAAGACAAAGAUACACAAGAAUGGGUUCUCUGUUUGGGGGAUUCCCAGGUCCAGUGGUACUCUGUGACAUGUUCUUUUUCAACAAUCCAACUUGAAAAUCUGUCGAGCCUCUUGCUAGAAAGCGUGUGCCCAAAACAGUACCUGAGUUCAUUCUUAGUAAAUCCUAUCUGGCCACAUGUCUGCUAUUCCUGGUCCUUUGCUAAAGAGAGGAUUCCGUACCCAUGGGGUGAUGUGAGAAUAACCUUCAUGUGGGCACUCGGCCAGCUAGCGAGCAGCUCCAGUGGGCUACAGAUGCCACCUUGCACCUUUUGUAGCCUGCGUUUGCCACAACAGUAGGAAGUAAAGUGAUAAAUAAGUUUACAAAACUCAGAAUAUAAAGCUGAAGAUACAUUAUACAGUGCAUAGGAGAGUCACGACCGUACUGAUUAUUUUUUUCUUUUUUUUGCAUUUUCAAUAAAAUUGUGUUAUUCUCUGCCGACACUGAAGGACUUCAGCGCAAAGGCACACAAUGUAAAAAAAAAAAAGAGCUUACACUAAAUGAAAAUGGAAACUUUCUAGAAUGUACUUGUGACAUUUGCACUGUGGCAGUUAGAAUGGGUCACAUAGAAUUAAGACACACUUUGCCUGCGAUGCGUCACACUGAAGUUACUAUAAUGCAGAUUGUUCCCUUGCUUGAGGUCCACCAUUCUCUUGUUUUCCUGUAACAGUAUAGAUACCCCCCCAAACAUUCCAGCAGAGUGAACUCAAACUGCGAUGAAUGAAGAGAUGGCACCCUUUCAUGCUGUUGACCUUUACAGAAAUUAUCUACAAUCAAAUGACUGCUUAAUAGAAGAGUGAUUUGAUCUGUACACAAUUCUACACAUUUUUUUCGUUUUUUAAAUCAGCCAAUCUUGUUAUGUUUUAUAGUGAAGAGAAUGUAGUGUACAAGAGCAGCAAAAAGUGAUUAAUUACAUUUGUUAAAUGUAAAUUUACAAACUUUAUUUUUAUGCCAAUUUAAUGAAGUACCUUGUCUUCUCUUCAGUGUCUGCCAUAAAUGAAACCAGUGUAUUGAACAUAGCGGCCCAUGAAUCCAGAGUCAAAUCACUAUUCGUUAACCAUAUAUAGAGUCCAUUCACAAAUCUGCUGAGCCGACAUUAUUCAGAAUGUGUUUUGAAAGCUCGGUCGUGCAGACACACGUUUUCCCUCCGCUCAGCUGAAGUCUCACUUCCCUUUCCGAAGGAGGAAACCUUGAACACAGAAAUAUCUCUGUACCCUCUUUGUUUUUAAUUGUGCUUCUUGUGUUGUUGUGCACCGACAACGGGGAGGUCGGCUGUUUCUCUCUUCCUCGAUUUUGCCUUUUUCAGAAAGUAGACGUGAAAUGGCAUAUUUGUGAUGAUAAAUAGCCUAAAAUGAGCUUACAUUUCUAUGAGUAACGUGGCUGGUCAUAAGUACAGACAGAACUUCAUUUUGGCCUAAAGGCGAAAUGUAGUUCAUAAAGUGCAUCUCGUUUUUUUAUUCUGAAUUUUGGCACGCUUCAUUUUGUUUGCCUUCCGCUUAGAAAUAAUGUGGUUGUCACUUGGAUUCAGGCUGUGUUUUAACAGGUUCAGCAACAUAACAGACGGGUUGUAACAGGAAAAAGUUGGGACUGCUAUUUCUAGCUCCCCAUAUUAUUGAUGAACACUGACGCUCUUGUUAGUUAAUUAAAAAAGAAAAUUGCGGACCCCAAAGCUAUUAACUCUUCUUCAAGGAAGUCAUUAUAUUUUUUGUAAUGCUGUUUAUGUUAUAUUUGCUUCAUCACUCUGUAAAUAACUGGUUGAGGAAAUAAAGUAGCCUAUGUUAAAGUGAAA